AGCGAGUUUACCUUAAAAGUACAUGAACUGCAUGUGGCCAAGUUUAAAUCAUGAAGGUGUCUUCGAAAUCCAUUAAAAAGUGUAAGCAGAUAACCAUGACAAUUCCGAUAUUAGCCGUUGUGUGUUUUUUUAAGAGAGCUCAGGCCGAUUCUGAAGAAAUAACCUCCUCCUGUUACGCAGCAAAAAUACAAAUUGAGGAUAGUUGUCCAUCAACUAGGUCUGGAUGGAUCCAUCAAGCAAAACUGAAGCAGUGCUCAAACAUUGUUUUACCGUGUCAAAAACAGUUCAUUUUGGAGUAUCAUUGUUUGCCAAACACUUGGCAGAAUCGAACCAUAUCCGUUUGUACACUGCCUAAAUUCAUAAAUGGCCACAAGUGUGCAGAAUUCAACCUUGGAGGAAAUAGCAUACAGCCUCUUUAUGAAACAAACUGUGGGCAAUACAUCCCUCCAUGUCCAUUCCGAUAUUGUUCCUUGGUCGCUUAUAAAUUCCAAAUGUGCUAUUUACUGAAAAACAGUAAAAUGACUGAGGGAAGUAUCGAAUUUGAUCGGAAAGACGAUGGGACUAAAGAAGAGAGUAGUGUAGACAGUGUGUGGUCAAAUUUUAAAUUUCCGUGGCCUUUUGUCGUAUUAGUUGUAUUUCUAUCGGUCGGACUUGGAGUACAUUGCGUAUGGAGAAAAUUAUUUGGCAAACAACAUCGUUCUAGUAAAAAUAGGAUUUUCAAUUAUCAUAAUGGCAUAGUAGCUACGGCUGUUGUCACAGAGAAUUUGUCAUUAACAUUGGUCGAAUAGAAUGGUCAUCUACACGUAGUUUAAAGAACUAUCUGUAUUAAACGCGCAUACAUGUAUUUUAUCAAACCCAAACACUUCCUCAAGUUUAGUAAUUAUCUACAUUACAUGUGACUGACCGAAUAUCGUGCUAUCUUACACAUAACCUCUAUUUUUUUUUUCAAUGUUCUUACUCACCUCUAUUGUGUAUAAAUUGUAUAUACGACUAUCAGUGAUGAUGUCAUCGAGUAGGGGCACACCUUAAGUGUAAAGUUGGACGUGUUUAUGUGAUGAAUACAUUUCACAUGCAAAUUUACUGCUUUUUCAAAUCAAUUGUUAAUGAGAGAUUAUGCAUAC